AGCCGCCGCUACGACAAUCGCUGUUUAACCUUCGUCAUAAGCGUUGCUGAUCUCCUCUAUAAUCUCUGCUCUUGGUGCUUCAGUUCGUGAUGAUGCUUGUUUGUUAUUCUUAACCUAAAAUAGACAAAAAUUUUUAGUCUGAAAUCGGUGUUUUGAGAGAGAUUUUAGGGAAGAAUGAGAAAAAGUUGAGGUAGUGGAGUUUCGUGGGGAUUUGUAAAAAUUUGGAACGAAAUUAUGGAGUACACCAGCUGCAUCAGGAUCAGGGGGGUUCCAAUUCUCCCGCCUUUGAUGACAGAAGAAUUGCGUUCGGAGAUGACGUACUAUAAGCAAUUGGCCCUCUCCCUGGAAGAGAAACUCUCACGUCAACGUCUGACCCCCGAGAAUUCCCCUGAGACCCUGAAAACCUCUUCAACCCCGAGAAUCUCUCGAAAGUCCUCGAAAACCUGGUCGAAAACCGAGGAGACGCUCUCCGAUGAUGAGACAACUCUCACGAAGUCCACGGACUUGAAUAAAUACCUGGUGCACCAUUCGGACACCUCCGAGACGUCCUCGGAGCCCUCAAAGCCGCGGAUUCCCACGUCCCUGGAUAUAAUUCCAAUAACUCUAGAGUCCCUGAAGAAAUCCAAGUCGUCUUCGAGCAUUCAGAACAUCCAGGAGCCCAGAAAACUCGUCAGACAGGGCUCUUACACCCUAGACACACCAUCUCCAAUGCUUCUAGCUCACAUUGAGUUGAAUAGACCCCCCUACGUCCCCACGGCCUCCAGGAACCUCCAGGAAUCCCCGAAGAAGAGGCAGUGGGGGGUCAGUGCUCCGAGAAAUGAGUGGAAGUGUCAGGAUGAGGCGGAAAAUCCUUGUGACACCUCCGGAACACCUCGGAGGGUCAACGGAUCUUUGGAGUCCAUUCAUUCCCAGUUUUCCUCUACGGCGAAGACUUUCAGACUUUUGGAGAGGUCCAAGUCCAGUAAUGAAGUUAAAACUCGGAAUUUCGAUGAUAAAAAUCGAAAUUCAAAUGAAAGAAAUCGAAGUUUAACUAGGAGACAAUCGAAUCCUGAUAAAAAUUUCUCAAAUUCAUCAGGAAAUCGGAAUUUCGAGUGUCAAAAUCAAAGUAUUAGCUCUCAUAAUCGAAAUUUAGAUAAAGAGAAUGAAAAUCUCAGGAAAUCGUCAAAUUCUGAGAAAAUUCAAAAUCUAAAUCAUAUUGAUAAGAAUCAGAAUUCAGGGACAAAUACGAGUCAAAUAAUCGAAAAGAAUUUUGAGGCAACCAAUCGAAACCUGUCAGAGCAGAAUCGAAAUUUCGAUAGGAAAAAUCGUAACGUGGAGUCAAAGGAGUUUUGCUUUGGAGAUAAGAAGCUGGGGGGAUCCCUGGGGGAUUUAUUGAACGGUUCGUCUGAGAUGCAGAGUCAGGAGCCUGACGAGAGGAUGACGAAGAGUCUGGACACUACUGAUUUCGAAGCGGGAACUUCAGAGAGACUUCUGGGGGUUUUUAGGGAGAUCCAGAGGACUCACGACAGGCAGAUGGCGGAUUUGAUCGAGCGCCAGCAACGAGAGCAGGCAUUUAUGCAGCAAGCGUUUGAAAAGCAGCAGCUGAUGCUCCUGGAGCAGAUCGACAGGAGUUUUCCUGGGAUUUCGAUCAUGGAGCUGGUGAAGAGGGUCGAGGGUGAGAGGAAGUGGAGGAACGAGGAUUUUUCGAGCUCCUUCGAUUCUGACGGGAGUGUGAGCAUCAAUAUGGGGGAGAGCGGCCUUGAGGUGAGUCCUGAGAGCAAGAUCAAGGCCGUCAGCCGACAACUCUUCCCCCUGGAAGCGCAGAUCCAGAGAAUGCCGUUGAUCAAUGGGAGACAUUACGAUCAGAGACAUGUACAAGCAGCAACAGUGAUAAAUGCCUAUGCUCGUGGCUUUCUGGUUCGUAGAAUGAUGAAAACAGAGCAAAUAAUUGCAUUGAAAAAUACUUACAGAGAGGCACUCCACUGUAUGUUAAAAUUGACAAUAGAUGCACCAUUAGAACUGCCAGAGUUGAAUUUUCACAAGCGUUUGCAACUCCAGUGUGACGCUGCAUCGAUGAAUAUCGUUGAAUUAUUUUCACAGAGUUCUUCCAAGAGAAUGGAAAUUAUAGGGCACGAUAGGCAGAUUAAGAAAGCGAGGAUGGAGCGUCCCUCCUCAGCCAGGUCGUCCAUGUCCUUUGCCACGCAGAGAACACUAGCCAGAAAGAAAUUGAAAGAAUUAGGAAUUUUUCAACUGCCAGAGACUCACAGCACCUCGAGGAGUAGAUGUCAGACGUGGACAUCGAAUAAUCGAGAUAAAAAAUCACCAGGAAUUGUCUACAGAGGUAUAAAGAGAAGCACAAGUGCUGGUGCUGUCCGGAAACCCUGGAGAUAAGCCGUUGAAGUGCCUUAGACUGAUAAAAACGAUAAGUUUAAUAUCGAAUUUACGUUGAUUCUGUAACAAAAGCUUUUAUAUCAUUGAGAUGACCAUCCAGUGCCUAAGAAAUCCAAAGGAAAAAGUUUCCUGGCGAGGGAAUUGAAGAGAGGAAUCUUUUUUUCAUGGCCAGGCGCCAGAUAAUAAUUUUUUAUUGAUUAAGUAAGUUUUUUUUCUAUGAAAUAUUUAAUGUCCUGUGAUAAAAGGAUGUCAUAAAAUACUCAGACAUCAUCGUCACUCUUCCUCAUUUAAUUUCAUUAAGCAUUAAUAAUUUUCUUACAUUUGUAUUGAGUGGAAAUUGUUUCCAUUUUUUCAA